AUGUGUCAGGAUAUGCGAGCGCAUUAUGUUCCCACCCAGGAAUACAUCUCGGCCGCCAGGUACCCUCCCGGGGCUGGUAUGAGCCCAGCACUCCCCUACAACAGUCUCGACCAAUUUGUCGAUGACAACGACACUGUGGUUGUUGACAACAAAGUCUUCAACCCUGAGACCCAUCAAUUUAAUGAGGGCGACUACAUCUGCCCAGGAUUUUUUAGCCUCGCUUAUCUCGAUGGAUUCACGCGCCGCUUCAAAUACUCGCAGUGGAGCUACGAGAUGCGCCGCGAGGCGCAGCCCAUCCUCCCGUUCUUGUCGCUGGGCCCAUAUUCAUGCCUAAGGGACCGAGAAUUUCUCCGCAGCCAGGGCUUCACGCUUCUUCUGGCCAUCCGUAACCGUCAUUCUGCUCAUGCCAGGCUGGUCUCUGGAGACAAAGCCGCCGCUGAACUCGGGAUCCAGGCCGAUGCCAUUGAUGUGCUCGAUAAUCAGGAGCUGAUCUCCGCGUUUCCUUGUGCUAUUCGCCGGAUUAAUGAUCAUCUUGCAGGGGUAGACAGGGACAACCAUCUUCCCACCAAUUUGAGCACCGCGACAGCCAGUGACACCCUGCGCAAGAAGAAGGUCUUGGUCUUCUGCGAGUCAGGGAAUGAGCGAUCUGCUGGCGUUGUCAUUGCUUACCUUAUGGUUAUGCUUAAUUUGGAUGCCGUUCAUGCCAUGCAUACCGUCCAACAGCACCGGUUUUGUGUUUCCAUCGAAGAUCCCAUGAAACGUAUUCUCACUGCAUUCGAAUCCAUCCUGGCGGCCAAACGUGACGUCAAAAGCGCGAGGUGUACGAAUAUACAAAGCGGAGCUACAACACUUGCGCCGCCUCCAGUCCCGCCUAUGCUGCUGGCCAAGAAACGCAGCUUCGCAGAUCGGCAGGAAAAUGAUACUGAUCUGGCUGAUGGCGACAUGGACGUCGAUGGGGAGGCUGAUUUGCCCUUGGACCGAACUCCAUGUGCACCUUUCCAAGAUCGUGUGGCUUAG